UACCUCCUCUGUUAUUGCCUCGCUCUAAGAGCAUUAAAUAUAAGCAUUUAGCUUCCACCAAUUAUUUUCUAGGGGGAAUUUCUUUUUCAAUUUUUUUUUUUAGUUUUUCGCCAUUUUACCCCAACAAUUUUUUUCCGUUCUCUUUUUCUUUUUUUUCUUUUCAUCUCAAUUUUCCGUUCGCCUUUUAUAUCUUCCUCUCAUCCUCUCCCCUUUCUUCUCCUCUCUUUUCCCUUUCAAUCCAUUUGAUGGUGGCGCUGUCCCAAUCCCCCAGGGGCGUCGAGGGCAACCAACCAAGUAAAAAAUGGGACUACUUUUUAGAUGAAAAAGAAAAAUGUAUACGCUUGAAAUAGAACGGUGCUCAAAGUUUUUUUUAAAGAAAAUAGAGGAGAGAAAGAGGAAAAGUGAUAGUAGACGAAUUGAAGGGGUGAUAGUAAGGCAGAAGAGUAAAAAUAGUAGGGGGGAAAUGUUUUUUCACCUAAAUUCUUCUCUUUCCCCCAAGUCUGCCCUCAAAACUCUAACUUAAAAAAAAAGAGAAAAGGGCCAAGAAAAAAAAAGAAAAAAAAGCUCUAUCUUUCUUUCCCCACACAACUAUCCUUAAAAACCUCCAAAGGUUUUGUUCCCCACACUGGGGAAGAAAAAGGGAAAGAUGUUCGGAGAGACCUAGAAGGGGUGAAUUUUUUAGUGAAAUAAGGGGGGGCACAUCUGUCAAUUUCCUUUUUUUUCUUUAACAAAAAAAAAAUCCCCCCCAGAAUCCCUUUUUUGUUACUACAUCUCUUUGUGCCUUCAAUGCCUUUAUGUCAAUCUCCUCUUUGACUCGCGUGACAUUUUAUUUAUUUCCUAACAAAAUUUUUUUUGACGUUCUUUUUUCUUUAAGAAACUUUGUGGAAUUUUUUUUAAUUUUAAUUGUCUCCAAUUUUAAU